AUGACAGCAGCAUCAGAUCAGGGAAUCAUCAGAGCUGAAUCUGGAGAAACCGUCAUUCUGCCAUGUAGAGCUCCUGACAGCAAAGCUGUUACAGCUGCAGAGUGGAGGAGGACUGAUCUGGAGUUUAGUGAAUAUGUUAUUCUGUACCAGAACAAGAAGGUUGAUAAAGAGGCUUCAUGUCCAUCCUUUAAGGACCGAACAGAUCUGCAGGACGUGGAGAAUGGAGACGCGUCUUUAGUUCUGCAGAAGGUGACGACUGCUGAUACAGGAACAUAUCAGUGUUGGGUCGUUCAGGGAGGAAAAAGUCGCAGAAAGAGAGCCGAUCCGGAAGAUGACCCCAUCAGCAUCAUUAACCUGAGAGUCCAACCAGUUCGAAGAACCAUCCCAGCUGAACAUGGAAAGGACAUCAUUCUGCCAUGUAGAGCAGCUGAGAACGAUCCUGAUAGAGAUGUAGAGUGGAGCAGAACUGAUCUGGAGUCAGGUCAAUAUGUUCUUAUGUACAGAAACAGGAAGUUGGAUCAAGAGGUCCAGUUUUCAUCCUUUAGGAACCGGGUGGAUCUGCAGGACAUGAAGAAUGGAGACGUGUCUUUGGUUCUGAAGAAAGUGACGACUGAUGAUACAGGAACAUAUGAGUGUCGAGUCAUUCAGAGAGGAAAUAGCUGCAGGAGGAGAUUCAUUCUGAACACUGACCCUCUCAGUGUCAUUAACCUGAGAGUUGAACCAGCACCGUCAUGGCCCACAGUUCUCCUGGUUCUCCUGGUUCUCCUGGUUCUGGUUCUGAUUGUUGCAGGUCUUUUGUAUCAUUUUCGGCUCUGUUUCAUGUCAGGAUACUACGUGGUGGUGGAUUCAGGGGAGGAGUCUGCCCUGAUACCCUGCAGAACCAGACCAUUCCUGCCUGGAGAUGCUAGAGUGGAGUGGAAGGACAGCAGAGACAGGAAGGUCCAUGUGUAUGAGAGCGGUUCUGAUCAGCCUGAAGAACUGGACAAGAGAUACAGAAACAGAACCAAGAUGAACAAAGACCUGCUGAGAACUGGAGACCUCAGUCUGACUCUGGAACACCCCACAGAUGGAGACACUGACAUCUACACCUGCAUCGUCUCCAGAGGGAAGAGAAACAUCCUGAUGAAGAAACUAGUUGAUCUCAGAAUAAAAGUCCCACAGGUGGAGGUGAAUUCAGGAGAGGAAUCUGUCCUGCUGCCCUGCAGAACCACAGUUACCCUGACUGGAGAUGUUAAAGUGGAGUGGAGGGACAAGAGAGACUGGAAGGUCCAUGUGUAUGAGAAUGGUUCUGAUCAUCCUGAAGAACAUAACCAGUUCUACAGAAACAGAACCAAGAUGAAGAGAAACCUGCUGAUAACUGGAGACCUCAGUCUGACUCUGGAACACCCCACAGAUAGAGACACCAACAUCUACACCUGCAUCGUCUCCAGAGGGAGGAGAAACAUCCAGAUGAAGAAACAAGUUGAUCUCAGAGUCAAAGUCCCACAGGUGGAGGUGGAGGUGGAUUCAGGAGAGGAGUCUGUCCUGCUGCCCUGGAGAACCACAGUUACUCUGCCUGGAGAUGUUAGAGUGGAGUGGAGGGACAGGAGAAACAGGAAGGUCCAUGUGUAUGAGAACGGUUCUGAUCAUCCUGAAGAACUGGACAAGAGAUACAGAAACAGAACCAAGAUGAAUGAAGACCUGCUGAGAACUGGAGACCUCAGUCUGACUCUGGAACACCCCACAGAUGGAGACACUAACAUCUACACCUGCAUCGUCUACAGUGGGAAGAGAAACAUUCUGAUGGAGAAAAAAGUUAAUCUCCAGGUCAAAGAGGAUUCUGUUAAACUCUGGUUAAACUUGCUGACUUCCUUCAUGGCUGAAAUGGCUGCUUCUCUGACUGCUCUCCUCUUCUGGACUGUGAUGGUUUUCAGCUCCUUUAUGGUUGUUUCUGCUGAUCAGGGAAUCAUCAGAGCUGAAUCUGGAGAAACUGUCAUUCUGCCAUGUAGAGCUCCUGAGAACCAAGCUGUUACAGCUGCAGAGUGGAGGAGAGCUGAUCUGGAUUUUAGUGAAUAUGUUAUUCUGUACCAGAACAAGAAGGUUGAUAAAGAGGCUUCGUGUCCAUCCUUUAAGAACCGGGUGGAUCUGCAGGACGUGGAGAAUGGAGACGCGUCUUUGGUUCUGCAGAAAGUGACGACUGCUGAUAGAGGAACAUAUCAGUGUUGGAUCGUUCAGGGAGGAAAUAGUCGCAGGAAGAGUUCCAUUCUGGACAUUGACCCAACCGUUAUCAUUAACCUGAUAGUCCAACCGGAUCGGAGAAUCAUCACAGCUGAACAUGGAGAGAACGUCAUUCUACCAUGUAGAGCUCCUAAGAACGAUCCUGAUGGAGACGUAGAGUGGAGCAGAACUGAUCUGGAGUCAGGUCAAUAUGUGGUUAUGUACAGGAACGGGAAGGUGUAUCAAGAGGUCCAGUCUCCAUCCUUUAGGAACCGGGUGGAUCUGCAGGACAUGAAGAAUGGAGACGUGUCUUUGGUUCUGAACAAAGUGACGACUGCUGAUACAGGAACAUAUGAGUGUCGAGUCGUUCAGAGAGAAAAUAGCUGCAGGAGGAGAUUCAUUCUGAACACUGAGCCUCUCAGCUUCAUUAACCUGAGAGUUGAACCAGCACCGUCAUGGCCCACAGUUCUCCAGGUUCUCUUGGUUCUCGUGGUUCUGGUUCUGAUUGUUGCAGGUCUUUUAUAUCGUAAUCGGCUCUGUUUCAUGUCAGAAUACAACGUGGUGGUGGAUUCAGAGAAGGAGUCUGUCCUGCUGCCCUGCAGAACCAGACCACUCCUGCCUGGAGAUGCUAGAGUGGAGUGGAUGGACAAAGGAAAAAGGAAAGUCCAUGUGUAUGAGAACGGUUCUGAUCAUUCUAAAGAACAGGACCAGUUCUACAGAAACAGAACCAAGAUUAACAAAGACCUGCUGAGAACUGGAGACCUCAGUCUUACUCUGGAACAGCUCACAGAUGGAGACACUAACACCUACACCUGCAUCGUCUCCAGAGGGAAGAGAAACAACCUGAUCAAGAAGCAAGUUGAUCUCCAGGUCAAAGUCCCACAGGUGGAGGUGGAGGUGGAUUCAGGGGUGGAGUCUGUCCUGCUGCCCUGCAGAGCCACAGUUACCCUGCCUGAAGAUGCUAGAGUGGAGUGGAGGGACAGUAGCCGCUGGAAGGUCCAUGUGUAUGAGAAUGGUUCUGAUCGUCCUGAAGAACAGGACCAGUUCUACAGAAACAGAACCAAGAUGAAUGAAGACCUGCUGAGAACUGGAGACCUCAGUCUGACUCUGAAACACCUCACUGAUAGACACACUAACACUAAGAUCUACACCUGCAUCAUCUCCAGAGGGAAGAGAAACAUCCUGAUGAAGAAACAAGUUGAUCUCAAGGUCAAAGUCCCACAGGUGGUGGAGGUGGAUUCAGGGGAGGAGUCUGUCCUGCUGCCCUGCAGAACCACAGUUACCCUGCCUGAAGACGCUAGAGUGGAGUGGAGGGACAGAGAAGACAGGAAGGUCCAUGUGUAUAAGAACGGUUCUGAUCAGCCUGAAGAACAGGACCAGUUCUACAGAAACAGAACCAAGAUGAAUGAAGACCUGCUGAGAACUGGAAACCUCAGUCUGACUCUGAAACAUCCCACAGAUGGAGACACUAACAUCUACACCUGCAGCGUCUCCAGAGGGAAGAGAGACAUCCUGAUGAAGAAACAAGUUGAUCUCAGAGUCAAAGUCCCACAGGUGGUGCAGGUGGAUUCAGGGGAGAAGUCUGUCCUGCUGCCCUGCAGAACCACAAAUACCCUGCCUGGAGAUGCUAGAGUGGAGUGGAGGGACAGAGGAGGCAGGAAGGUCCAUGUGUAUGAGAACGGUUCUGAUCAUCCUGGAGAACAGGACCAGUUCUACAGAAACAGAACCAAGAUGAAUGAAGACCUGCUGAGAACUGGAGACCUUAGCUUGACUCUGGAACACCCCACAGAUAGAGACACUAACAUCUACACCUGCAUCGUCUCCAGAGGGGAGGGAGACAUCCUGAUGAAGAAACAAGUUAAGCUAUUGGUCAAAGUCCCACAAGUGGAGGUGGAUUCAGGGAAAGAGUCUGUCCUGCUGCCCUGCAUAACCACAGUUACCCUGCCUGGAGAUGCUAGAGUGGAGUGGAGAGACAGAGGAGGCAGGAAGGUCCAUGUGUAUGAGAACGGUUCUGAUCAUCCUGAAGAACAGCACAAGAGAUACAGAAACAGAACGAAGAUGAAUGAAGACCUGCUGAGAACUGGAGACCUCAGUCUGACUCUGAAACACCCCACUGAUGGAGACACUAACAUCUACACCUGCAUCGUCUCCAGAGGGAAGAGAAACAUCCUGUUGAAGAAGCAAGUUAAUCUCCAGGUCAAAGUCCUUCAGGUGGAGGUGGAGGAGGGGGUGGAGUCUGUUCUGCUGCCGUUCACAACACCACCUGAGUUAUUAGGAGAGGCUAGAGUGUUCUGGUGGGACAGAGACAGUUCCAGGGUCCAUGUGUAUGAGAACGGUUCUGAUCGUUCUGGAGAACAGGACCAUCUCUACAGAAACAGAACCAAGAUGAAUGAAGACCUGCUGAGAUCUGGAGACGUCAGUCUGACUCUGAAACAUCCCACGGAGGAAGACAGUGGAGAUUACAGAUGUGAAGUCAAGAAGAGAGGAGAGCUGCUAAGAGCUAAAAACAUUCAGCUUAAAGUCAAAGUCCAUCAGGUGGAGGUGAAGCAGGGGGCGGAGUCUGUCCUGCUGCCAUUCAGAACAACACCUGAGCUGCCAGAAGGAGCUAGAGUGGUGUGGAUGGACAAAGAAGACAGGAAGGUCCAUGUGUAUAAGAAGGGUGAGAACGGUUCUGAUCAUCCUGGAGAACAGGACCAAUUCUACAGAAACAGAACCAAGAUGAUGAAUGAAGACCCGCUGAGAACUGGAGACCUCAGUCUGACUCUGAUGCGUCCCACAAAGAAAGACAGUGGAGUCUACUUCUGUAGAGUCUGGAUGGACAGCAGAUUAAUGAGAAGGAAAACAGUUUAUUUCACAGUCAAAGGGAGGGAUCAGGACCAAAACCAGCCAGAGGACACCAAGACCGGAAACAGCUCCAUUGACCCGACUCCUCUGAUGGCUGAUCAAUCAGUCUGAUCUGUUCAUUCAUCAAUGAUUUGUUCUUGAUCAUAUCUGACUGUUUGUUCUGAGUGAAGAACUCAGUGAAGGUUCUGAUGGAUGAAGAACAGAGGGCUCUUCAUCAGCUGCUGUCUCUGGGUCCAGUCUUCAGACUCUGUAUUGAUCAGGAUUAAUGAUUGAGAGCUUGAAGCUGGUUCUGACAGCAGAAUCUGACCCAAACUGAGAGUAAAACAGUCAGGAGGAUGCCCCUGCAACUCUUUUAUCACCCAAACUUUUUUGACUCACAGGACUUGUAAUAGUCCUUCAUCACCUUUCAACUAUCAAAGCCUCCUAAAACAGCUGAAAAACAUACGUCGGAGGCUGCCAUAAGAAAAGCUAAUCUGGUAGCAGCGUUAGCUUAGCAUAAAUCAGCCAUGAUCCUGGUACUCAGGAAGGAUUUUAAAGAGGUUAACGAUGAGCUAGACUGCCUUCAGGAAACUGUCAACAGCCACAGCAGCCGCUUGACUUCGUUAGAGGACGAUGCAGAGCAUCUGCAGAAACAUCUGCAGCAACAUCUGGAGAUGAUGAAGUGCUAUGAGGAGCUACGGUGCAGAACAGAGAAGCUAAGGGCUAAGCUAAUCAUGGCCCGUCAUCAUCUGUUUUCAGCGGUUUCAGUGAUUUGAGGCCUGAAAAAGAGGAGUGCUCAAGUACUGUAAUGCUUUCCUUCGAUUCUUUGAGGCCUACUCUCCUGAAAUGGCUACAGAAAAACGGGAGUCCAGAACCGCUGCACUAACUGGGCCUGUGCUGAUUUACCCCGCAAAGCUCUGGAUCACCAAAGUUGAUGGGACGUGGGUAGCGUUCGGCCAAGGUUGAAAGAUUUAUUCAAAACCUGAAGGACUCUUCUUGGAAGGCAUUUUUACCUUCUAGGCUAUGAUUAUGUUGCUUUGCUUUAAAUUGCACCUUUUAUUUUACUAUAGUGAGUCAGUUGCUUAAUUUAGCUCAGGUAUUUGUCCUUUUUUCACAAAUGGAUUGUAUCUGACCUGUUACUCUGUGCAUUUUUCACAAACACAUAACCUGAAGCUUUAAUGCUGGGUCAAUAGUUUUUUUCUUAUUUUAUUUCUUCUAAAGGACUUAUUUGGUGGGUCAGGGAAUUUUAUUCAAGCAGUGUCAGUAUGGAAAUGAUGCGGGUAGUUAUGGAAGGUGUGCUCUAGGUUCUAGUUUGUAUUUUCACCGGGUUGCUUUGGGCAGGGAGGGUUUCAACUGUCAUUACUAAAGAAACAGUUUGUCCUGUUGAACCAGCACAUUCUUGUUUACAUAUUUCUAACUUUACAAUCUAUUUAUGUUCUCUCUUUAUUAGAGUUACCUAGGGUGAAGCAGCUCUUUCAUCCUGCUAUGCAAGGGGAGCUGCAAUAUUAAUAAAUACAAAUUUCUGCAGAAAUAGACAGAGGUAAUGCAGUCAACAAAUUAAAAUAGUGUUACAGAAACCUAUCAGAAACAGAAUUAAUGUAUAAAUUAAGAGUUUAGAAAGUCAGCUGUUGGAGUAUUUACUGGGUUUGUGUUGUUUUCCAUCAGUUUGGCUCUGAAUGUUGAGAAAUAGUCAAAUAUUGUUAAAAGGGCCUCUUUUAGUAAGAAAUGUUCCAGAUAAAAUGUUUUAAUUUUAAAAGUCAUGUGUUAAAGGCCGGUUCUUUUCACCUAAAAUGACAGAGAACAGAUGCAAAGAAGAUCAGAGGUAUGACCAUCAGAAGGUUCCAGCAGCUUGUUCUACUCCAGAAGACACAUUUUCUCCUGCUGCCUCCAAAUGAAUCUCUGCACGUCUCUGCAGGCAGAAUCCUCUGAUGGUGGUUCCUCCGCUCUGCCUGACAUCCACCAACUCCUGUUCAGCAGCUUGGUUUAGUGUCUCUGUCUGGAGCUGGAAUUUGGCUUCCAGGUUUCUAUUUUUGAAACGAGCUGAGCCUGAACACCAGAACCAUGUCUGGAACCAACGUCCUCUGGUCCAAACAGGCUGGAUCAGUACCUGCCAAACCACAUAUGGAAAAGAUAAAUAUAAAUCUUUAAAAGUUUGUAUCCGUUUUAGUUUAAAUGUGUAUGUUAUGCUUCAGACAGUGACACUAGAUACAGGUUUCCAAGUAAAUUAGUACAAAAUGAAACGUAUAUAGUUUGGGUGCUAAUCAGAAGAAUAUAUGACAGUCAUUUCACAAACAAUAUCCUUAGUAGACAAAUGUGACAUAAAACUUAUAUGACUGACCAAUCAUCAGUGAAACUAAACUGCAGCAAGAAAUAUAAAAAUUACUUGUGGCCUCACAAAUGUGAGACAUGUGAACUGCAACCAAAUGGAUAAUUAAACCAUAAGGACAUGCCUGAAUAUACAACCAUCAAGGGACAUUUAAAUGUUAAAUUAUUGCCAACU